AUGAACGCACCAGAACACGAUACUGACGGCCCUCCACCAUAUUCAGCCCGGGACCCUUACCUCACGGCUGUCUCAUCUACCAUCACUAACGCGAACGGCGCCAGGCUAACCGCCAUCCCGACCAGCUACCACAUCCACCGCGGUUUAUUCGGCGGCUACAAGAUCCUCAAAGAUGACAGUGCACAGGAAUUCCGCGUCAAGGUGCACAAAGUCCGGCUGCCGGACAUGGUCGUCCUCCGCGAAACGUCGCUGUUGACGGGCGCCGAGGUCGCACAUGUAAAGUUCCUGGAACAGAGCAACGGCUGCGAUAUCGGCAUAUUCCGCCAGCCCGGCGUCAAGGGUUCUAUCGACUGGACGCGCAUAGCCGGCGACCGGCGCAUGUCGGCUGUGGUACCGCGCCUGGACGCCAACGGCGCGGUAAUCGCCAACACCAGCGUCCGUAGGACGUUCAUCUGGAAGGGCAUUUCUACAAUGACGCUAGAAGACGAGAAGAGUGGCAUGCUCGCCGCUACUGUCCAGGAGGUGGCCAAUCUCCAGUCGCUAAUUGCGGUUGUCGAGAUCGGUGUCCCCUUCGGCGAGCCGUUCCUUAUCUUGGUGCUGACGGCCUAUCUCGCUCUGUACGAGAAAUUGCGGAUGAUUGACAAAGUACCUGUUGGAUACGAUGUCGGGCGCCAUGUUAUCGGGGGCCAUGUUAUCGGGGGCCAUGCUACCGGGGGCCAUGCUACCGGGGCGCAUGCAUUCCAGGCGAACUUUGCUGGGGCGGUAGGGUUUGCUGGGACGGGAGGGUUUGCUGGAGGAAGCUUUGGCGGCGGGGGUGCUUGA